CUGUUCUUAACUGAUGGUUUUAUCUUUGUUCUGAUACUCCUCUCCAUGCCAUUGGAGUGAGGUGUCUGCAUGGUACUUAGUUGUGCUCUGAGGCCAUGAUAGUAUCUGAAGAUUCUGUUCUUCUAGGUUUCGACAUCUCUGACUAAUUUCAAUUUGAGCUGAGCUUUUGUUUUUCUAACUGCAUCUCUGCACACCCUGCAAUGCCCAAUUACUUGGGCAUAAUCCUGAAGCCCAAAAGAAGGUUCAAAGAGAACUGGAUGAGAUGUUUGGAUAUCAAGUAUUGAAUGGCACGAAUAUUCAGAUCAUAAUUCAUGCCAUACACAGAAACCCCAAGAUCUUCUGUGACGUGGAGGAGUUCAGGCCUGAGCGAUUCUUCCCCGCAAAUCGUUUUUUUAAUCAACUAAAAAUUUAUUCUGAAGAAUUCAGGAAGUGGUCAUUGUUCAAUCUUUGGCUAGGACCAUUGCCUGUCGUAGUUCUGUAUCACCCUGACAGUGUGGAGGUUAUUUUGAACAGUUCAAAACAUAUAGAAAAAUCAUACCUGUACGACUUCCUGCAUCCAUGGCUGGGCACUGGGCUUCUGACAAGCACUGGAGACAAGUGGCGGUCGCGGAGGAAGAUGAUAACUCCCACUUUCCACUUUGCAAUAUUGAAUGAUUUUCUAGAGGUUAUGAAUGAACAAGGAAGUAUUUUGGUUAAGAAACUUGAAAAGCAUGUUGACAAGGAACCAUUUGAUGUUUUUCUGGACAUCACUCUGUGUGCCCUUGAUAUCAUCUGUGAAACAGCAAUGGGCAAGAAUGUAGGUGCUCAGAAGAAUAAGAAUUCUGACUAUGUUUCUGCUAUCUACAGGAUGAGUGAUCUAAUCCAACAGAGACAGAAGAGCCCUUGGCUUUGGCCUGAUCUUUUAUACAUGCUAUUCAAGGAAGGAAGAGAGCACAAGAGGAACCUCAAAAUCCUUCACAAUUUUACAGAUAGAGUCAUUGCAGAAAAAGCUGCAGAACUUGAAAACACUAAGCAAAAAAAACAUGAUAAUGAUGGCAACUGUGAAGAAAGUGUCUCCAAAAAGAGAAAAGCAUUCCUGGACAUGCUGCUGAGUACAACAGAUGAUGAAGGGAACAAACUGAGCUACAGAGACAUUCGUGAGGAAGUGGAUACUUUCAUGUUUGAGGGCCAUGAUACAACAGCAGCUGCUAUGAACUGGGUCCUAUACUUGCUUGGACAUAAUCCUGAAGUUCAGAAGAAGGUUCACAAAGAAUUGGACGAGGUGUUUGACAACACUGAGCGUCCUGUUACAACAGACGACUUGAAACAGCUUCGAUACCUUGAGUGUGUUGUGAAAGAAGCCCUUCGGCUCUUCCCUUCAGUUCCCAUGUUUGGCCGUACCUUGAGAGAGGACUGCUGUAUUAGUGGGUAUCAGAUACCAAAAGGCACAACUGUUCUUGUUUUAACUUAUGCCCUGCACAGAGACCCGGAGAUCUUCCCGGACCCAGAGGAGUUCAGGCCUGAAAGAUUCUUCUCUGAAAAUUCUAAGGGAAGGCACCCAUAUGCUUACGUGCCCUUCUCAGCUGGUCCCAGGAACUGCAUUGGUCAGCGCUUUGCGCAAAUGGAGGAGAAAACUCUUCUAGCCCUCAUCCUGCGGCGCUUUUGGGUGGAGUCAUGUCAAAAGCCAGAAGAGCUUCGUAUGGCUGGAGAAUUGAUUCUUCGUCCAAAUAAUGGCAUCUGGAUUAAGCUGAAGAGGAGACCAAAUGCUGGAUCAGAAUGAAACCCAUUUCAAUGGGUUUACUUCCAAACAUUUUCAAGCUAUUUAGGCUGAAAUGUUUUAAAAUCAGAUAUUUUGAUGUCAGUCCAGCAGUUUGUUAAAACUGGUUGUUACUGUUUCAUUAAAGAUGAUGUAAUAGUCCUAAAUUGCUCUACUUUUCUAGUGCUUGUGAACUUCAUGUUAAUCUUUGAACUGCAAGUCUUUAAAUAUUAACUUUUAAUGCCUUAUCUGCUCAGAUGAAACUAUUCUAUUGCAACAGUGCCACAAAACCUUAAGUUAUGGUAGUAACAACAGCAAUGCCUGUGAUUUAAGUGAUCUGGUUACAUGCCAUAGCAUUUGCCAGGUAAUUGAUAGUCUCAAAUAUUUGUAGAGUUUUCAGGUUUCUUUGGUUUGGAAAGGUACAAGUGAUAAUUCUUCCUCUCAGACAAGAUCUUAUAAAAAGAAAGUUUUUAAUUGUUGAGUUUACAUAAAUGAAAUUACAGAUCUUGACAAAGAGUUUGUGAUUUUGCCCUUAAGAAAAAAAAUUUUGCCCUUAAGAAAAAAAAAAGUCAUGUAGCAAUGGUAAUAUGGCUGCAUUCUUCAACCUUCUUUUUCAAAUAGGUUUCAUUUCUGUAUAAUAACAAGAACUUAAGUUUCCGGGGCUGAAUGUAAACAUUGUUUUCUUUAUAAUGAGAUAACUUUUGAGACUACCUUCAUAUGUUCAUAUGACAUGUGUUUUCUUAAGGAAUUAUUUCAUACUUUCUAGUACUCAGCAGUGUGAGCUUUCAAGGUAUACAAGAUUUGCAUCCAAGAUAUGUUUUCUCAGGACUUUUGGUAUGUAGUUGAAACCUGGAGAGGUACCUCAUGUUUUCCUAAACUAUGUCCUUAAAGAUGAAGACUUUCAAGACUUCCUUUUCUUCUGUGGGAUCUAUUUUGUAGAAACAGUUUGUAAGAUAGACCAAAUUAUAGAAAUUCCUUCCAUAAGAUAAUUUUUUUUACUUCUAGCUAUUCUGGCCAAUAUUUUUUCUUGCACUUUGUUUUUGCAUCAUACUCUUCUCAUAUAAUGAGAUCUCAAGUAAAUUAUAAUUUAUUAUGAUUUCUGAUGUGAACAAGAAAACAAUUGAGACAAAAACUAGAUAAAACUGUAAUGAGAAACUCAUUAUUAAAAGUGCAUGGGCUGAAAUACUGGCCCAUGUUGCUGAAGUGGAAAAUCCCUAUUUAGUGAUGCACAUAGUAUCUUUGCCAAGAUAAGCACUGAUUUAAUCCUGUAAUCUUUGUGUUUGAAGCUGCUCUGAAAUGGCGGUGACCUCUCAUCUUCAGUUGUGAAAUUUGGUUUUAAAGCAGUCUGAGGCUCCUAAGGAAAUAAAUACUGAGGAAAAAUACUGAAGCUACUGAACUUUCUACUGGGAUAGCAGAAACGGAGCAUAUGAGUGUUUCUGGUUAAUGGUUUACAGCUGUUAUGGAGAACACUGACAAUAAACCCUGUGUAACAUCUUGGGAGGUUCUGCUUGAGAGCUCCUGCAGAUGCCUCAGAGGAACUAGAAGUUUCCAGCCAGCUUGACACAAACUGCUUUUUGGUGUCUGAAAGCUGCAUGUUUGGACUCACGCAAGAGGUGGACUAAUGGUGCUUUGUAAACAUCCACCUGCCUUCCUGAAUUUAAUCCUCAUGCUGUAAAAGACAAAACUUCAUAUGUAGAUUUUAGUACACUGCUGCAAACAGAUAAUUUUGCCAUGUGUUUUAGCUCUAAAUUGAGCUAAAACACUCAAUUUAUCAUCAAUCUGCUCUGUUUUUUCUGUUUAUUUGAACUGUAUACCUUAUCUUUCCAAAAGUAUGGAGUUGGAGUUUUUUGGGGUUUUUGUUUGUUUGCUUGUGUUUUAAUAAGAUAGUAAUGAACUGUAAUAACUGCCCAAUAUCUGACCUGGAAAGCCUAGAUGAGAAAUAAAAAGUGAAGAAAUUAA